UUUACGAUCAAAAUCCCGAUUUUGACUGCUUUGGACUCAUGAUUCCUCAAGUUUGUCUAAAUUAUUAUUUAUGACGGGUUUCUAUAUCAUUUAUGACGUAGACAAUUUGUGGUCAUAAAUAAUAAUUUUUCUUCCGACAAAGUGUCCAUUUGUUGAAAAUGAUGCUUUUCUGACAAAAAUACAGUGUCAUCGGUAGGUUUUCGUCACAACUAUAUGUCUUUUUUGUAGUGAAUGUCCAACACUUUGAAGCAUACGGAGGAGCUGGGGCACCUGACGCGGCACAUGGAGUCGGGCUUCGAUGAACACAACGGGUGGGCACAUAGGCGCCCCGGUAGGGUGUGGGGUGUGAGGCAGCCGCUUGCACGGAGCAUUCUAGUGGAACAAGCUAACUCAGUCAUCCCAGCGCUCCCCAGCUACGAGGGGACGACUGAUCCAGAGGAUCACCUGAACAAUUACUUCACUAAGAUGCAAUUGUAUAACAACUCGGACGCCACCUUGUGCCGCGCCUUCCCCUCGACCUUCACAGGCGUGGUCUUAGAUUGGUAUCAUCAUAUCGAGGAAGGAAGGAUCGACAGUUUUUAACAGUUUGUGGCCAUGUUCCUCUCGAAGCUUGCUAGUCGGAAGGGCGAGGCUCUCAGGGACUUCUAUGAGCGUUGGAUGUCAGUGGCCGUGGCGGUCAAGGAUGUCAAACCUCCAGUCCUAGGGUGUUGCUAGGAUGAGUGCACCACAAGUGAAGAGUUGUGCAGGGCGCUGUCGAAGCGGGACGUGGUGUCCAUGGAGGACCUGGACCGAAGGGUGCAUAAAGUUAUCAUGUUGGAGGAGACUUUGGCAGCGAGAAGGAUGGACCGAAGGGAAGCGCGGCCCGAGGAGGCGGAUGGUUGUUGUCUUUGUUUGGAAAGAUCAUGGUUUGAAUCCUGAGAUUGAUUUUUUUCUUCUUAUGAAUGAAAAAUAAAUAAUGAU